ACACGAUGUGGUAAGUCAUGCUAGGUCCUCGAUCUCUUUUUUUUUUUUUGGUAAAGGAUAAAUGACCAAUGUGGAAUUGGAGCAUAGGUUUUUGUGAUAAACUAUUAAGAUCUUUAUCAUUUAAACUCAGCUGAUACCUUCAAAAUAUAUCAAAUAAAAUUUUAAAUCCUUAACUUUUAUUAUGUAUGGAGAUAUUAUUUGCUCUUCUUAUGUCAUUUGAUACAAUGGAUUGAAUGACUUUUUUCAUCUCAAUUUGAAUGGAUAAUUGAUGUUUGAUCCCUAGGAAAAUAUAAGGAGAAGAACAAUAUAAGGAGAGCUUAUCAAUAGUAAGGAUGUUGAUAACAUCCUCUAUCUAUAUAUAUAUAUAUAUAUAUUUUUUUUUUCACAAUACCAUAUUUCAUUCUUGUUGUCGAUAUCACUCUUUAUCAUCAUCGCUCUUUAUCAAUAUUGUCAUCGCUGCUCUUUAUCAAUAUUGUCAUCGCUGACCUUGUUUGUUAUGAGUGUUGCUAGUUGAUUGUUAUUGACAUUGUUCAUCAUUAUCGUAGAUAUCACUAAUCAUUAUCAUUUAAAGAGAAAAAAAAAGAAAAGGGAAAACAAGAACAAAGAGAGAGAUGAGUAAAAAGUAGAGGUAUUUAUGCCCAUUUGCAAAGAUAAUUUUAAAAAUAAUAAAAAAAUUUAUGAUGAAUUGUAAAUAGUAAAAAAUGUUACAAAUUGUAAUCUCCCAAUUAAAAUUUUUUAUAAAAGAAUGGAUGCUAUAUCCACAUGGUCAUUAUUGUGGAAAACGCACGUGUCACUCUCGAGGCACCCUUGAUCUUGAUGGACGGUGAUACUGAGCCAGAAAUCGACGGACCACAGCCCAGUUAUGGAAUUUAUAAUGGGCCGAUCCAUGGGCUUAUCAAUUUGAGUCGGUAUCUGCGGAUCCGAACUUGAGAUCGGUCGCGUCGGACCACUUCCUUUCCCGCGCUCGCUCCUUCAAUAAAAAGGAGCUGCAGACCCGUCGUUUGUUUGUACGCGUAUCGCCCUCGCCUACGGAAGAGGGAAGGGAAGAGAGAUCGGCAGGGAGAGUGCGGAGGAGGGGUCGCUAGCGCACUAGAUGGCCUGCGAUCCAAAGGAUGACGUCGAUCGGCUCUUCGCCUGCUUCAAGUGCGGGAUAUCUACUCCUGAAUCCGCGAUCAAGGAAAGACGUCUGCACCCGGAGACAUCCAAGAAAGCCGGCUUGGUGAGAGGGAAGGCGUCUACGGUUGUUGGAAUUGCUACGUCGAGCUUGUCUGAACAAUGUGGGCAGGAUUCAACAGGGAAAGAGAAGCUUGGUGCAUGUACAUCUGUAGCAAUUAAACUGAAAAGUGGAAAGCAGAUCUCUCCUAUUGUCUUUUAUGGUUCCCCACAUGGUGCUCCAAUUAAAAGACCAUCACGAUUGUUGCGAUUGUUGCAUGAAAUUCGUAUUGAUCUUAAGGAAGAUAAUGAUUUGAUAGUAAGGGAAGAAUUAUGGACUACUUUUCCAAGGCAAGAGGAAGCAAUCAGAUUCUUAAAAGCACAUGCACAAGCUAAACUUUUUAGUUAUCAAGAUCACUUGAGUGGUCAGAGAAGGUUCCUUGUCUCUACAUACAGUGAGUUCUGGAGAAGGUAUAGAUGUAUGGACCCAAAGUUACGCCAUCACUAUGAAGUCAUUAAAGAGGGUUUGCCUUGCCACUUAUAUUUUGAUCUGGAAUUUGAUAAGACAGUCAAUGCUGACAAAAAUGUAGAUGACAUGGUUGACAUCUUGAUGUCUGUGACUUUCGACAUCUUAUUUGACAAAUAUGCAAUUGAAGCAAAUGAUGGGUGGAUUAUAGAGCUUGAUUCAUCUACCACAAAAAAGUUUUCACGCCAUGUGAUUAUUCGCAUACCAAAGGUUGCAUUCAAGGACAACUCACAUGUUGGUGCAUUUGUUUCGGAGGUAUGUUCUCGCAUUACCAGUCAAAGAGGAAGUGAUCCACAACUUGACAAACUGUAUGCCAGGAAAGAUUCUAGCUCUUCUGAUUUUCAGCUUUUCCUUGAUAGUGCUGUCUAUUCUCGAAAUCGUUGUUUCCGUCUAGUUUUCUCUUCAAAGGCUGGGAAAAAUUCAUUUCUUUUGCCAACCAGACGUUUCAAAUGUAAGGAUAUGACUGAACAGGAAGUGUUCAUGGAAUCACUUAUUUGCAGAAUGGACAGUGAUUGCAAUAAACUUCUAAAAUGUCAAAUUGAUAUAGAUUGCAAGAAAACUUUGUACUUCGAUUUUGAGGUUCAACAACAAACUUCGGAUGCUCUGCAGCACACUGCACUGAAUGCUUAUAGGAGUGAUUUCCCAACCACUUACUCCUCUGGAAAAUCACCAUUUCCAGCUUUAGAUGCUUUUGUGGAAUUCAUAGCAUCUUCAGGAAAUGUUUUAGGUAAAAUACGAAGUUGGUAUUGGUUUUCAGCACAUGGCUUAAUUGUUUACAGUAUGUUGAGAAAUAGAUACUGUGAGCGGAUUGGUAGAGAACACAAAAGCAAUCAUGUUAUGUAUAUCGCUGAUCUCCAUAGAGCUAUUUAUUACCAGAAGUGUUAUGACCCUGAUUGUAAAGGUUACCGGUGUCCUUUGCGGCCAUUACCACAUGAUGUGAUCCCCAGUGAUAUUUUACUGUUCGAUUCUACUCAGAGAAUAAAUUAUAGGGAAGAUUUGGACACCAAUUUCGGUCUUGAACUUGAUGGAAGUCACAUGGAACAUUAUUCAUGUGAUGGUGAUGAGUUGGUUACUGAUAGCUGCAACAUGGAAAGCAGCUGGUGGCAGGAAGCCAUGACAUAUGCAGAUCGCAUUGAGAAUAUGAAAAAUGCACCCGAAUUUAAAAUAUUGCAGAACGAGGAAAAUGUUGUAGAUUGCAGUUGGUGGAUGGAUGUGGAAAAGCUGGCCUCACAGGUUGAAGGACAGCUUGGGUGAUCCAUGGCUAAUAGUUUGUUAUCAUGUCAUGUACUGUAGCUAAUGGGCUAAAAGUAUUAUGUGGGCACCUGAUUGAUUUCGCAUCCUAUCUUCCCAUUCUGUAUUUCUACGAGCAGUUACGACACGGAGAGUCACCACUAUAAGAUCAUGCUUAAACAAAAGGAAGUUGCAGUGCUUGUAUGUUAUGCUCUUGGGAUGAAUUACUUGAUUAUGCUGAGCACGAAGGAAUGCAUAUUGUUUAUGUUA